AUGAAUGACACUGCUGGAGUUGACGGGUUUGAUGCUCUAAUUAGGACAUACUGCAGAGGGGCCAAAGCUGCCAUUUUAUGUUAUGAUGUAACUGAGGCCACAAGUUUUGAGAAGGCAAAAUUCUGGGCUGGUGAACUUCUACAGAAUGAAAAGAAAUGUAAAAUUUAUCUAUGUGGUACCAAAGUAGAUUUAGUUGAAGAUGGUAAAAAGAAUAAAGAAGUUGAUUACCAUGAAACAAAAAACUAUGGCGAUAGUAUAAAUGCAAAAGUGUUUGAGACAUCAAGUAAAACAGGAAGCAAUAUAAAAAAAUUGUUUAGUUCAAUAGCUAAAGAUUUUGUCAAAGAUUUAAUGAAUAGUGAUGAAGGGAAGAAAAAGUCUGCAGUAACAGUGAAGAAAACAAAGAAAGUUACAUUCAAGAAUACCAAGGAUACAGAAUUGCCGAAAGUACCGACAAGGUACCAAAUAUGCCAACUACACUACUAUGUUUCAUUGUCAGUUCUUUGCGGUGAUAUUUGCUAUCAAAACACAGAUGCAAUAGUUGUGACAACAUUUGAUGAGGAUUUUGUCAUGGUCGACUUUGGCGUGGGAAUCAGUGCACUAGGGAAUGCUGGAAACCAGGCAAGGAAUGAAUUUUCUGACAAAUUAGCAGUCUUGCGAAGUUCAAGGCAGGACAAUAAAGUCAUAACAACUGAUGGGGGAGAUCUUAAAUGCAAAUAUAUCUUCCACAUUGGCAUCCCAGGAAUUGAAGAUAACAAGAAAUGGCAGUCCAUCCUAACACAGAAUAUCAUCCAUUCACUUCAACAGUGCGAGAAGCUUCUCAAUUGUGUGUCUAUUAGUAUCCCCCUCUUGUACAGCUCUCUCUGGCAAUUUGGUCUUGGGAAAAGUGCCACUAUUGCAGAUAAUUGUGCAGACAUCAUUGUCUCAGCAGUUCUUGAUUAUUUGCAACACAUGUCUGUUAGUUCAAGUAUAAAGGAAGUGAUAUUUAUUGACCAGAUCAAACAAAAGGCAUUGAAAUUCCAGCAGCCUUUGGAAACUGGAGUCCAAGAAAGAAAAGUGGGAUCAUAUCAAAUGCCAACUCAGUUAAUGUGCGAAUACACAUAUCCUGAAACGCAAACACGCCUAAUUGUGUCUAGCGGUGACCCAAAGAAACAGCCUGCAGAUAUUCUUGUGAAUCCUUCGGCAAACUUCAAAGUUGCUAAUUCUGGAUUAACUGCAAGAAUUCUUGUUGAAGCUGCUCUACCAACAGACGUAAUCCAGAAAGUCUUCGAAACUCAUAGGCAACACCAGAUGAAUCUGGUUAUAACAUCAGCAGAAAAGCUUCCAUUUCAGCAUCUCUACCAUGUGCGAGGAAAUGACAAGGAAGCCACAGACUACACCCAACAGUGUCUCCAGAUUGAAACCUGUACAAUUGACUGUCUGAUGACAGCUGAAAAAGCUGGAUUAAAAUCACUUGUUCUACCAUUGAUCUACAACCGAUAUACAAUAAUCGGGCAGCACCAAUGUGCACUUACCAUGCUCAAUGCCAUACACCGUUUCAUGAACAAGGUUAAGCGGGAAAGCAUUAAAGAGGUGUAUUUUUAUACUAGAUAUCCGUCCAACGCUUUAAAGCUUAAAGAGGAGCUUAUUAUUCGUUACGGAGACAGAGUAGUGGAUGUUAAAGGAGGUCAAGUCCCACUUGAAGUGCUAGCAAGAGGUCUCGAAGCUAAUAAUGCAUUUAUUGAUGCAAUAAAAGAGGGCAGCAAACCCAUCUACCAAACACGCCUUAUGCUUGUUGGACCAGAACGUGUUGGUAAAACCAGUCUCACCAAAGCCCUCACAGAACAAAAAUUUGAUGCUACUGAAGAAGUUACAGAUGGAAUUGAAGCGUCAUUGUCAUGCACACUCAGUGUUAAGCAUACCACUAACUGGAAACCACAACCGAAAUCACCUGAAGGGACAAUAAGUGAAGCAAGGCAGCAGUAUCUGAGAGCUGUUGCAGAACAGGUUGCAGUAAAGCUUCUGCAGAAGAAAAAUGAAAAACAACCAGAAUCUCAGCUAUCAGUGAAAGAUGAAAUCAAGACAUUUGAAAGUGUAGAAUUACCGGAUGUUACCAAGUCAACAAACACAUCACCUGAUGCACCUGUGCAGUCACAUGACCAAAUGACAGCAUCUGAAGAUGUGCCAGCUUCAGACGGUGAAGUAGAUGUUCUAAAGAGUACUUCAUCAAUAGAUGAUUUAACUUCACCAACAACACCUGAUGUUCCGGAAGAGGUCGUUCAAAUUGUCUUACAGAUUCUCCAAGAUCAGGAAAGGCGAGAAGAAAAUGAAGGGUUAGAGGAGACACUUGAUGACUUGAUUCUGAGUAUCUGGGAUUUUGCUGGACAGGAUCUCUACUAUAUCACUCACCAGGUGUUCUUGGUAUCUCGUGCUCUCUACAUCAUUUGCUUCAAUCUUUGUCAUGACCUCCACGCACCUGCUAAAGUACAGAUAUAUAAGCGAGAGGGUGGAAAGGUUUCAUUUUCGGAACAUCAUAUGAGCAACUUGGAUUUUAUAAUUUUCUGGUUGCGGUCGAUCUACUCAAAUACCACCGAAAACCCAUCGGUGGCAACCCAGGAGCAGUUCUCACCACCAGUGUUCAUUGCUGGCACACACAGAGAAAGCUUACCAGGAAAUGCGGAAGAGAGACAGGCGCUAGCAGAAGAGAAGUUUGCAGUUAUUAAGAAGGCUUUAAGAGGGACACCAUACGAGGGCCAUGUAGUGAGCAAGUACUACGCAAUUGACAACAGCCUCAGGUCACCCCUGGAUCAAGCUAUUGUUCACUUGAGGGACCACAUCACCAUGGUUGCGAAGUUAGAGCACUACAUGGGGGAGAGAAUCCCCAUUAAGUGGCUGGACUUCUUGCAUGAGGUUGAGCAGUUGCGCAACAAACAAACGCACUCAAUCAACUUCACAGAGGUGAAAGAACUAGCUGCAAAGUGUGGUGUCAUCAAAAAAAUUCAACUGUUCACCAUGUUGCAUUUCUACCAUGACCUGGGAAACAUCAUCUACUAUGGUGAACGCCAUACACCAGGCAGUGCUCUCAAUGACAUCAUCAUCCUGAAUCCUCAUUGGUUAAUAUGUAUCUUUAGGAGAGUGAUCACAGUCAAGGAUCCGUCAGAGCAAUGGGCCAAAUUCAGAAGUUCAUGGGCAAGACUUGAUGAAGAAGGACUCCUGGAAGAGAGACUGAUCCGACACAUGUGGCUUGACUUCCUUGACCAGAUGAAAAACAGCAGAACGGAUGCAAUAAAAAAAAGUGGUUUCAUAAAUAUUCAACCACAAGUAGCCAUUGUGCGGGCUAAAUCUGUUGGCAGUGAUGAUGAAGAGGAAGAGGAAGAGGAUGUUGAGCCUUGCUCAGAUGUUUGCAAAGUGGUUAGUAUUUUAUCAUCUUAA